CCACUACAUCUCAAUUCACUUUACCAACAAAAUAGUUCAUUCAUAUAUUCAUCGCUACCUUAAAUUUGUCUUUACUCUGUUGCUUAAAUCAGCCACAAGAAAAUGUUUACAGAGCUCUCAGUAUCAUUUUUCUGUAUACUUCUCUCGUUGUUCUUUAUAUUUUCUGUCGCUAAAUCCUCUAAAUCCAAAAAAUCAACCCCUAAUAAUUACUCCCCUAAACCAUACCCAAUAUUUGGUCACUAUUUUGAUCUAAAAGAAAACUGGCACCGUCGUGUUCAAUGGACGUCGGAUAUUCUCCGAAACUCACCUACAGCGACGUUUAUGUUGCGACGCCCAUUAGGUGGCCGCGCAAUUAUUACAGCGAACCCAGCAAAUGUUCAACAUAUGCUCAAGACUCACUUUCAUCUCUACCAAAAAGGCGACCAAUUUCAUAGCAUUCUCUACGACUUUCUCGGAAAUGGAAUCUUUAACGUCGACGGCGACAGUUGGAAAUUUCAACGACAAGUUGCUAGCCACGAAUUCAACACUAAAUCGUUGCGGAAGUUUAUGGAAACUGUCGUGGAUACCGAGCUUUCGCAGCGACUAAUUCCAAUUCUCUCUGCCGCCGCUGAAAAUGAAACUGUUCUUGAUUUUCAGGAUAUAUUACAAAGAUUUGCGUUCGAUAAUAUAUGUACGAUUGCAUUUGGGUAUGAUCCUUCUUACUUAUUGCUGUCGCUUCCGCAAGCGGAAUUCGCGCAAGCUUUUGAAGAUAGUGUCAGAAUUAGCAGCGAACGGUUCAACUCACCAUUAAUCUGGAAAAUCAAGAAAGCUUUCAGAAUUGGAUCAGAAAAACAGCUCCGAGAAGCCACAUCUAAGGUCCGCAAUUUCGCAGCUCAUCUCGUGAAAGAAAAAAAGCAAGAACUUAAAGAAAAUUCCUCGCUCCAAUCCGUUGAUCUUUUAUCAAGAUUCUUGAGCUCGGGCCAUUCUGAUGAAACAUUUGUGACUGAUAUAGUCAUCAGCUUUAUAUUAGCAGGCCGCGACACCACUUCCGCAGCGUUAACAUGGUUUUUCUGGCUGUUAGCGAAUCACCCAGAAGUGGAGUCCAACAUCUUUGAGGAAAUAAAUGAGAAAUCAGAGAUGCCGAUUUUCGAAGAAGUUAAAGACAUGGUGUACACACAUGCAGCUUUAUGCGAAAGCAUGAGGCUAUAUCCGCCAGUUCCGACUGAUUCCAAGGUCGCGUUAGCUGACGAUGUUUUGCCUGACGGUACUGUGGUGACUAAAGGGACGAGAGUUGGCUAUCAUCCGUAUGCAAUGGGGAGACUAGAGAUUCUAUGGGGUGCUGAUUGGGCUGAUUUUAAGCCUGCGAGAUGGCUUCAGAGAGAUGCAGAGGACAAAAAAUGGAAUUUUGUCGGGAGAGAUGCGUACACGUAUCCGGUGUUUCAAGCCGGACCGAGGAUUUGUUUGGGUAAAGAAAUGGCGUUCUUGCAGAUGAAGAGGGUUGUUGCUGGUGUUUUGAGUCGGUUUAAGAUUGUUCCGGCGACGGAUGAUGGGUUUGAGCCAGUGUUUAUGGCGUAUCUAACGGCCAAGAUGAAGGAUGGGUUUCCUGUCAGGAUUGUGAAAAGAGAAAUAAGCAAGUAAUAAAGCUUGCUGCUAUAAGAAUGGAUGAUCCUGUUCGCCUGUUUAGUGUUUGUUAAAAAGUCUGAAUGAGAUUAGUAAUUUUGAUUAGCAAUCGUAUGGUACAUAUUUUGUUUUUUUAAUUCUUUUUUCACACUUUGUAAUUCACUUCAUUAUAUGAUUUGAGUAAUAAAUUUCUUUCGCAUAGAA